CCCAUGAGCUACGUCUGGCAAUCUUUGCGAAUUUUGAACCAAGUCCGUGCCUAAUGUAAAUGGAGCUGCAGCCAGCGUGCACAAUAGCGCUCAUGCUCUGGACUUGCAUCUCCAGCAACUCAUGCUCUGGACUUGCAACUCCAGCAACUCCAGUAACCUUGUGUUCUGAAAUUCCAAAGCACCUUAUGAAGAAGCCCAGACGGGUUCCGGGGGGUCAUGAUGUCUUCUACUAGCCGACGCGAGAUGCUGGACAACCACCAGAGCAUUCCGCAUAUAGCAAAUGCGUUUGCCACCAUUGAGGCGCUGAGGAUCAACAGCGAUGUCAAAUAUGCCGCGUCGCAGCAGUUCAACCUCUUGGACACGGCCAAGUCGCGAACCAGCAUCGAAGUCUUGACUUACAACCAAGUCAUGGCGCUGCCAAGGAUCGACGAGACAAGCGACCCACCUCGGCCAACCGGGCGGGUCAGGAUCGUAGCGGCCAAAUGCCUGCAGCUCCGGACGUGCACCAACGAGGGCGGCCCGCUGCCCGUCUUCAUUCCCUUCCGGCACCAGACGGGCACGUGGGUCUUUCCCUUCGAGUCGGAAGCCCACCUGCAGCGCCUGUGGACGGCGAUGCAGCUGCCCCCGGGGGCGGCAGCCCGCAUCGCCUCAACCCCGGCCAUGUAUCUCACGACACACUUCCAGGUCUACUAUCCGCCACCUGGGACUCCCGGCGGCAAGACAACAGCUCCCACCAACCGGCUGGGCAUCACGCUCAAGCUGCCGGACUCGGCGAUCGUGGGCACAACGGCGUCGCUCGCGCUGUCGCACUGCCACGAGACCAACACGACGGAAGGUCUCGUGCUGUGCAGCUCGGACGCGGACCUGGACGCGAUGCUACGGGCGGUGCUGCUGGCCGCGGACGUGGCCGCGCACCCGGCCGCCGUCCCGGCGAUUGUGUACAGCUACUUCCGCGACGCGCUCGAGCAGAAGAUCGAGGACACGUGGCAGGAGACGUUCGAGCUCGAGACCGACGGCGGCCAGAGCGGCAUCCUGCUCGCCCGCGACGGGUCUGUCGUGACUACGGGCAACCCGCUGCUGUCUUCGGCACGCCCCCCGGCCGCGGCCGCUGCCGCUCGCAGGGAAGAUGAAGAGGAGGCUCGAGGUGCGAGCAUCCCGCGGUUUCUGAUGCCGCGUGUGCAGCUGUCCGGCGGGAGUAAGACGCAGCCGGCGGCAGGGGUGCCGCUCAAGACGCUGUCGCCGGCAGCCGGCACGGCGCCGACCGGAACGGCGGCCCAGUCGCUGGCGGCGGUGCGGGCGCGGCGCCCCAAGGACCAGGCGGCGCUCAACCAGCGGUCGAUCGGGCUGGCACAGCUGGCGCUCGGCUGGGAGAACUACACGCAGGUAGUCGUGUUGGGAAUCGACCAGGUCAGCCGGUUCGUGGCGAAGCACGCGCGCACCCUGGCAGCAUCAGCAACGACAACGCCGGCUCAGGAGCGGCAGCACGCCGCCGUGACCGAGCAGCUGCGGUACCUGGCGCAAAAGGCCGCCUGCGUCAACCUGCGCUCGCACUACCUGCGGGGCCGCCUGCAGGUGCAGAAGGACGAGGUCAACAACCACCGCGCGCUGCAGCUGGCCAACAACUCGAAAUCCAUCGCCGUCGCGUCGUGGAUGGAGGGCACCGCCAUGAAGUAUCUCGCCGUGCUGGGGCUCGUGUUCCUGCCAGCUGCGUGCAUUGCUGCCAUCUUCACCGUCCCCGACGAGUUCUCGUCGCAGUACUGGACCACCACGGUUCUGGUCACGCUGCUGAUUAUGGCCAUGUGCGUGCCCGCCACGCGCUGGAAGAGCAGGUCCGCCGAGCACUUUAUCGGCAGCAUGGCGUGACUACCUACCUAGUCAGCGGCUGCUGUUUGGUUUGGGGUAGAGUAUUGUGUGAGGUGGAAAAGCACGUGGGUGUUUGGGUCAAAGGCUUGGCCAGGGGGUUUCAACGGCUUCUUUGUGUUUUAUGGCUCACGACUGAUGAUUUGACGAUAUUGGACGAUAUUGGUGCAGGUGUUUUUACUUGGGUAUCUCUCUUAGUUGGCUAGGUAACUGUGAAUCUUGGACUCGGCCGUUGCUAUUUUUGCAGCUACUGGGCACCGCCUUUUGUGAUUUAUCUGCGAGUCUUCUUGGCAUCAAUCUGAAGCAAUUAGCCGCCAAAUGGGCAAUAAUUAAGAGCUUUGAUCAGGG